UAUGAGAGAAGACAUAGACACUGUCCCAGAAAGAACAGGGCUGUUGUGCACACUCGUCUCAGGCAAUCAUGGGUAACUGGGUGGAGAAUGAAGGACUGUCCAUCUUCGUCGUUCUUGUGUGGCUGGGAUUAAACGUCUUCCUCUUUUGGUGGUACUAUCUGGUAUAUGAUGUCCCACCAAAAUUCUUCUACACCAGAGUACUCCUUGGCCGUGCUUUGGCUCUGGCAAGGGCCCCUGCAGCUUGUCUGAAUUUCAAUUGCAUGCUGAUUCUUCUGCCAGUAUGUCGAAACUUGCUCUCCUUCCUCAGAGGAUCAAGUGCGUGCUGCUCUACCCGUGUCAGACGACAGCUGGACAGGAACCUCACCUUUCACAAAAUGGUGGCAUGGAUGAUCGCCCUUCAUACUGCAAUUCACACCAUCGCACACUUAUUCAAUGUAGAGUGGAGUGUGGAAGCCCGUGUUGAAGAGAAAGGAACUCUGGCAGCUGUGCUUUCUAGCCUUGGUGAUAACCCAAAUGAAAGCUAUGUCAACUUUUUUAGAAAAACUAUUGGGAAUCCUGUGGGGGGCCUGUAUGUGGCUUUCACGUACUUGGCUGGUCUCACUGGCGUUAUCAUCACGCUGGCCCUCAUACUAAUCAUCACAUCAUCUACCAAAACCAUCCGAAGGUCGUAUUUUGAAGUAUUUUGGUACACCCACCACCUCUUUGUCAUCUUCUUUAUUGGCCUGGUCAUCCAUGGUGCUGGGCGUAUUGUACGGGGACAGACAGCUGAGAGUCUGGCUGAACAUGAUCCAGAGAUAUGCUACAAGAACUUCACUCACUGGGGAAAGAAGGGUUCUUGCCCAAUCCCCCAGUUUUCAGGAAAUCCUCCUAUGACAUGGAAGUGGGUAGUAGGUCCCAUGUUUUUGUACCUGUGUGAGAGGCUGGUGCGGUUUUGGAGGUCACAGCAGAAGGUUGUUAUCACAAAGGUGGUCAUUCAUCCCUUCAAGACAAUUGAGCUCCAGAUGAUGAAGAAGGGCUUCAAGAUGGAGGUCGGGCAAUACAUUUUUGUCAAAUGUCCAGCAGUGUCUAAACUGGAAUGGCAUCCAUUUACAUUAACCUCUGCUCCAGAAGAAGAUUACUUCAGCAUUCAUGUCCGUAUAGUAGGAGACUGGACAGAGGGCUUGUUCAAUGCCUGUGGAUGUGAUAAGCAAGAAUUCCAGGAGGCAUGGAAGUUGCCCAAGAUAGCUGUGGAUGGCCCCUUUGGAACAGCGAGCGAGGAUGUAUUCAGUUAUGAAACUGUUAUGCUUGUUGGAGCUGGAAUAGGGGUUACCCCCUUUGCAUCUGUACUCAAGUCUGUCUGGUACAAAUACUGCCAUGAUGCGACCAACCUAAAACUCAAGAAGAUUUAUUUUUACUGGCUUUGCAGGGAUACUCAUGCCUUUGAAUGGUUUGCUGACCUCUUGCAAUCUUUGGAGGCUCAAAUGCAGGAGAGGAAUAAUGCAGAGUUUCUCAGCUAUAACAUCUACCUUACAGGCUGGGAUGAAUCUCAGGCCACUCACUUUGUAAUGCAUCAUGAGGAAGAGAAAGAUGUGAUUACAGGCCUUAAACAGAAAACCCUGUAUGGAAGACCUAACUGGGAAAAUGAAUUCAAAACUAUUGCGGGGAAGCAUCCUGGCUCCAGAAUAGGUGUUUUUCUCUGUGGACCUGAAGGCCUAGCUGACACACUCAACAAGCAGAGCAUCAGCAACUCAGAAGCUGACCCGCGAGGAGUACAUUUCAUUUUUAACAAGGAAAAUUUCUAACUCCCAAGCAGGCUGGAGUCAUUCAAUGCAAGUCUAAAGACUGGAUCUCUCUUUCUUUUUGGAGUCUGGGAAGGACAGCCCAGCUUCUAAUGUCAGCUACACUAACCCAAAUCCCUUUGCUUCUUGGGAAAUAUUUCAGCACUGUGGUAGAAUAAGAGUCAAGUUUUACCUUAGGGAAGUUUGCACUGCCCUCCCAUGCUGGCAAUUUAGUAGAAAUCUAUUUUCUUUGUCUGUGUGAGGGGAUUUCCCUCAAUUAACUGCCUUUAUCCUCCUAUUAUUCAUAAUGACUGCUGGAGGGUCUAGGCAGCCAUAUGCAUUUGGGAGCCAAGUCACACUGAUAAAGCUUAAUGCUAUUAAACAAUAAAGCGUUCUAGCAUAAUGCUUGCUAUUAAGAGACAGCUUAUCCUGGCUGCAGCUAGUCCCUGAAAUGAGGGGGGUGGGGGGGAGUGACGGGGAAAGAUUGCUCUUUAUAAGAGGAAAUCUCCUUUGCACACCAGCAUCUUUCAAGUUUCUGAAUACAAACGUAAAUGUCUUGCCCAAGAGAUAAUGCAGGCAGCUGAAGAGCAGCCGUUCCUCUUUAGGAAAGCAGGAACCACCUGGAUUUCUGAGUGCCACCCCCACCCCAACUGCAGGGGAUGACGAGGAUGGAGUCAAACCAAGUCCCACACCCCGCAUGUGAGCCAUUGUUUGGCUGCUUCGAACACUCUCAGUUUCACAUCUUCAAAUUCAUGGUUCAGGGAUCCAAGAAGACAUGUGUUUUCAAGACCGCCAAUUCUGAUUUUCAAGUCUGAAAAAUCUUGUCACUUAAUGAUUUACUGGAUAUUUUCUCAAGCAUUCUUAAAUGCAUACAGUGCUUUUGGCCCUAUUGUUCAGCUGUUCUUCUUUGAUGGUGAAACAGGUUUGAGAAAGCAAUGAUCAUGUGGGCAGUAGCUGUAAUAGCUACAAAUAAAG